UCACGUGAUGCGGGCGGAAGUAGGGUGGUGGCGUCGGAAGUGACGGAAGGGGCGGAUCCGGGAAGAAGCGGCCCGGAGGGCACUAAAGGAACUGGCGCAGAGCGGGAUGGAGACGGUCACUAUUCCAGAGAGUGGUACGGAAAAAUGCACCCCAGCUCUGGAAGAGACCCCAGAAUCCAACAGUGCUGUCUAUACCUGCUUCAUGAAAUCUCAUCGAUGCUACGAUUUGAUCCCCACAAGCUCCAAACUGGUUGUGUUUGAUACCUCGCUGCAGGUAAAGAAAGCCUUCUUUGCCCUUGUCACAAAUGGAGUUCGGGCGGCCCCAUUAUGGGACAGCAAGAAACAGAGCUUUGUGGGAAUGCUGACCAUCACUGACUUCAUCAAUAUUUUACACCGUUACUACAAGUCAGCCUUGGUACAGAUCUAUGAGCUGGAAGAACAUAAGAUAGAAACCUGGAGAGAGGUGUACCUUCAAGACUCCUUUAAGCCUCUUGUCUGCAUCUCUCCUAAUGCCAGCCUUUUUGAUGCCGUUUCCUCACUGAUAAGAAAUAAGAUCCACAGGCUGCCAGUCAUUGACCCUGAUUCUGGCAACACUCUGUAUAUCCUCACCCACAAACGUAUCCUCAAGUUCCUCAAACUUUUUAUUGCAGAGUUUCCCAAACCGGACUUCAUGUCUAAGUCUUUGGAGGAGCUCCAGAUAGGCACUUAUGCCAACAUUGCUCUGGUGCGUACCACCACACCUGUCUAUGUGGCACUAGGCAUCUUUGUUCAGCACCGGUCUCUGCCUUGCCUGUUGGCUAGAGGGCGUGUGGUGGACAUCUACUCCAAGUUUGAUGUCAUUAACUUGGCAGCAGAAAAGACCUAUAACAACUUGGACAUAACUGUGACAAAAGCACUACAGCAUCGAUCCCACUACUUUGAGGGUGUACUCAAGUGCUACCAGCAUGAAACUCUGGAAACCAUCAUUAAAGGCUGUGUGGAAGCCGAGGUUCACCGGUUAGUAGUUGUAGAAGAAAACAAUGUGGUAAAGGGCAUCGUGUCGCUCUCUGACAUACUACAGGCCUUGGUGCUCACAGGUGGAGAGAAGCCCUGAGCUGAGUUGGGAAGAAUGCAUAUAAUGCACCAUACCUCUGAUCAAUUGGAUGGGAUACUAGAGGCUCUGAUCCCUUUUAUGAAGCUCAUCCACCCACUCACCCUACCAUACAGAGAGGCUAGAAAAGGGUAGGAACACGUAGAAACCCACACAUACUUUGAAGGAAUAACGGCACCAAACAUCUGUACUGGUCCCCUGCCUGAACUAGGGGCUGUGUG